GGAGCGGGCGGAGCGGCGCCCGGGAGGCGCACAAAAUGAAGACCCUGAUGCGCCACGGGCUGGCCGUCUGCUUGGCGCUCACCACCAUGUGCACCAGCUUGUUGCUCAUGUACGGCGGCAUCGGAGGCGGCGGCGGGGGCCACCCGGAGCCUCGGCGGCGGCAGCAGCAGCAGCAGCAGGUGGCGGCGGUGCCCAGCCGCCCGCCAGCACGCGGCCAGCACCGGCCGGCGCUCCCCGUCGGGGCCGGACUCCUGGAGGGUUACAUCAGCGUCCUGGAGCACAAGCCUUUAAAAAUGCACUGCAAGAGCUGUGCAUUGGUAACCAGUUCUGGACACCUUCUGGGAAGUAAGCAAGGUGACAGAAUCGACGAGACGGAGUGCGUAAUACGAAUGAAUGAUGCACCUACUCGAGGUUACGGGCAGGAUGUUGGGAACAAAACAAGCCUGCGAGUCAUUGCACACUCCAGUAUUCAGAGGAUUUUGCGCAAUCGCAACGAACUCUUAAACAUGAGCCACGGUGCUGUGUUCAUCUUCUGGGGUCCCAGCAGCUACAUGAGGAGAGAUGGUAAAGGCUUGGUGUACAACAACCUGCAGCUGAUGAAUCAGAUACUGCCUCAAUUAAAAGCAUACAUGAUUUCUCGCCACAAGAUGCUUCAAUUUGAUGACCUUUUUAAACGGGAAACUGGGAAAGACAGGAAGAUAUCCAACACUUGGCUUAGCACGGGCUGGUUCACAAUGACUAUCGCAUUAGAGCUGUGUGACAGGAUAAAUGUUUAUGGCAUGGUGCCACCGGAUUUCUGCAGGGAUCCUAAUCAUCUUUCAGUACCUUAUCAUUAUUAUGAACCUUUGGGACCCGAUGAAUGCACAAUGUACAUUUCUCACGAGCGGGGACGAAAGGGCAGCCAUCAUCGUUUCAUCACAGAGAAACGAGUGUUUGAGAACUGGGCGAGGACAUUCAAUAUUCACUUCUUCCAGCCAGACUGGAAACCAGAACCUCUUACUGUAAAUCACCCCGAGAUUAAAGCAGCGGUCUGAGGGAUGAAUGCAUAAGACUGCAACCACAAUCACCGACUGUAUCAGCCACCAGGGUGUUGGACCUUCUGGGACAGCAAGGCAACUGACAGCAAAAGGGUAACAGGAUUUGCAGCUGAUAACUGCAGCAAGUCAGGAAGUUCCGAUGAAGGAGUGCAUCCAGGGUACUUUCUUUUGAACUGUGUGUUAAUCCAGUCUUUGGGCCAUUAUCUGACUUCCUGUACGUGUGUGUGAUUUGUGAAAAGCAACUCGGUAUCAUUAACGGGAUGGGUAAUUCAUUAUGGUUUUUUAAAGUACAACACCACUGAAUUUUCAUAGUGAAAACUGACAGUAUUUAUUUAAUGGAGGUUUUUAUGCAACCUAGGCCAGUAUUUUUCUAGUUCACAGUUCUGUGGGUGUUGAUCUUUCAUAAUCUUUCAAAUCCAAAAUUAAUAUUGCUGAUGGUUUGAAAGGCCUAGCUUUUUAUUUAUAAAAUUUGUUUGAAAAAUAUGAUUCUAUAUAGCAUGUAAUUAAUAUUUGAUCUGGAAAUGUUUCAUUUCUUUUAAAAAUUUUGGGCUCCAUUCCAGCCUAAAGCCUUUAACAGCAAGAAUGGUCCCAUGUGCAGAUCUAGCUAACUUUACAUUCUGGCAUCUCAUGUUAAUAUGAAAACGGUAGUGGAAAUUCUGUUUGGUAUUAAUGUGAAUUUGCUGCUGUGCUAUCAAACUGCUCUAUUUUAAUCUAGAGGUGGGGGGAAGGAAGGCAGAGUUCAUCCCAAAGAAAUCAGUUUACAGCACCAUGUUCUCAGUGCAGAAGAGUCCAACUACAGCUGAGGGGUUGUGUUUGGUUUUGCUUGUUGUGGUGCUGCAGAGGCUGAAGGAGCAGCCUUCCUGAGGCAACAAUCUGCAGAACAAGCAACGACAAUUUGUAACAACGGCUUUCAACAACACAACCAAAUUUCUAAAACCAGGAAGCUGUGCCACAGUGUACUACAGGACCAGCCAAAAAGAGGGUAGUGCCACACCUGUGUAAUCCAUGCCUUCCACUGUUCCAAGACCACCACUGACCUCAGAGAUCCUGGACUGCACCGAAGCUGGGAUGCAGAAAGAUUUCCAUGAAAUUGUCUCCCUGAGAGCAGCGAAGUUACACCUGCAGUAUCUGUGUGACGUACGCAAGCCUGGCAAACACAAGGAGUGGACAAUGCUAGUUCUGCAUGUGGAAGCUCACACUGUGUCUUACUGGGUUACACUUGGCUUGUGAAU